AUGACUGAAGGCGAAAAACAAGUUUAUCGAGUCCAAAUUGUUGACCUCCAAGUCAUAUUUCCAUAUAGAAUGAUAUACUCUGAGCAAAAGAGCUUAAUGGAACAGAUUAAACUCUCACUUGACGCACGAGGUCCAUUUGUUUUUGAAACUCCACCAGGAAUUGGCAAAUUGAUUGCAGUAUUUUCUAUUUACUUAGAAUACUUAUCGAAACAUCCGGAUAUUGGCCCAAUUGUUUAUUCUACAGACACUUAUCAGUCAUAUUUGCGUGCUUUUGAAGCUUUUCAAAUAGUUGUUAAGGCAAGAGAAGCAGACCCAGAUCCAUUUAACAAAUCAAUUACAGCUAUUUCUUUAGGAUCAAAACAUUUUCAGUGUAUAAAUAAAACAGUGAAAGAGAGUGAUGACAUCGAAGACCUGUGCUUCAACAAUACAUGCUCAUGGAGUCGUACCCACUGUGAUUAUUUUGGAAAUGUACCUGAUCAAUACCAAAGAAUUAACUCUAUCGAUAGUUUUAAUGAAUUUUGCAAGGAAUGCAAUGCAUGCCCAUAUUACGCAUCACGUGCUAUCCUUCAUAACUUCAAAGUUAUCUUUAUUUCAAAUUCUGAAUUAUUAAAUCCAAAAUCUCCUUCAAGAAUUCUCCAAAGACUUCCAGAUACAGCAUCAUUCAUCUUCGACAACUCCCAUUACCUCGAUAAGGUCUGCUGCGACAAUCUCAGUUCGUAUUUAACUUUACCAUUACUCGAACAAGCGAAAAGAGAGCUUGACAACCUGAAGAAGCGUGUUGAAUCAACAAAGAAUGACCAGAAAUCGCAAGAUCAAUACGAAAACGUCGCAAAAGGUAUUAAAAUUCAAGAUAUUCUUGAUUUAGGACCGAAAGUAAAGAUCCCAGAACAAGAUGGCUACGUUUAUUCGACUAAGUUCAUGAUCCCCAUUGUCCCCUCCCAUCAAACUAAUCGAAAUAUCUGCGGAACUUUGUGGAAUAUGGAUCAUUUUCUUUUCAGAGUUGAUUAUUUGCUUAAAUUCCUUGUUAAUCUGCUUCCUUGUGAUUCUGAACAGACGUUUACCAAGUAUUCGUCCACAGAAUUGCUUACAUUAAUGUAUCAAGAGAUAUUUACCGAACCAUUAGCUCUUUACUUCAUGGGACCACGUCUAUCGUACUAUAUAGCGUCAGAAGGUAUCGACCAAGUACAAGAAUUUGCCCCUCUUUACGCUGUUUUCAACUUUUGUUCACUUUUGGCCACUUACAACGAGUCUCUUUCGAUUGUAGCGGACUUUAAGAACCCUAUAGAGGCCCAUGUACCUAUUGCUUCACUCCAAUUAUCAUGUCAUGAUGCAAGUUUAGCGUUUUCGAUGAUAACUGACAAAUUCCAGAAUUUCUUUAUUACUUCUUCAGCUCUUUUGGUUCCUGGCUUCUUCCCUGUGCUUCUAGGAUUCAAACCGCUAUCACAGAUUGGCAUGGUUUAUUCUCCUCGCGAUGAAAAAGGAAAUUAUAAUUUAAAUAUUAUGACCAUCAGCCACGGCAACGACCAACAGUCAUUGGUUUGCUCUCCUAAUGAUGUAACAACUAAUAUUGGCAUAGUUAGAAACAUCAUGGCCCUUUUAAUCGAAUCAUCCAAAGCAACUCCCGACGGAAUGGUCGUUUUCUUCCCUUCUUUCAAGGUAUUGAACACCAUUGUCACUAAAUGGCGCAACACGAACCAACAGGUUGACCUUUUGAACAACAAAUUGAUUUUCAUUGAACAACCUGACCCAAUGAAAGCUUCUCUUCUCUUAGAUUCCUUCUACAGAUCAUUAGAUAACAUGAGAGGAGGCAUUCUAAUGUGCGUUGCCGGUGGAAUUGUUGCAGAUGCAUUAGAUCUCUCUAACCAUCAUUGCAGAACAGCUAUUGCUUAUGGAUUCCCAAUGAUGGAAACAUAUAAUGAUACUGUCGAGCUGAGAGCAGACUAUUUGGACAAAUACUUCCAAUUUCCAACAACAAAGUUCAUAAAAUGGAAUUCUCUUAGAAAUGUAAUCGCUUCCCUUGAUACGAUAUUGAGUUCUAAAAGCGAUUUUGCCACAAUUUUGUUGGCCGAUAAACGAUACUCUGAAAGCGAAAUUUUGAACGAACUUUUACCAGCGUGGAUGCAAAAAAUCUUGACUCCAGAUACAACAGGACAAGGAGUUGAAGAAGCAAAAGAAACAAUGAGAAAAUUCUUCUACAAAGCACAUUCGUUCAAACCUGACCCGACAUAUAGGAUAGAUUUAUCCACUCAAAAGAAUUGA